AAAAGUUAAGUAUCAUGCAUUGCCCCAGUCAUCAAAAAGGUAAUACUCCAGAGGCCAAAGGGAACAGAUUAGCAGAUGAAACAGCCAAGAAGGCAGCCCUAGGGCCACAGCUUUUGAUAGUGACUCUAUUGCCCCAACGAGCAGACCCACAACAUGAUGACCAUGAGGAGCACUGGGUCUAUGAAGAUAAAGAUCUAAAUGCCAUACAGAAACUGGGGGCCACUUAUGACCCCGGAAAAAAUGUCUGGAAAUAUCGAGGAAAGACUAUCAUGCCCCUCAAAAAUUCAAAACAAUUAGUGAAGUCCCUACACAGACUGACACAUCUUGGGGCUAAAAAGAUGAAGGAGCUCUUAGAGCGUGGGGAAGGUACUUUAUAUCUUCCAAACAGGGAUCAACUUCUGCGCCAGGAAGCAGAAAACUGUCAAGCAUGUGCCCAGAGGCAUUCCCAACUCGGCAUGAGACUGCUAAGGUGGUUGCAAAGAAAUUACUGGAAGAAAUCUUUCCCAGGUAUGGAGUACCUGGGACCAUUGGGUCAGAUAACGGGCCUGCCUUCGUCUCCCAGGUAAGUCAGAUGGUGGCCAAUACAUUGGGGAUUAAUUGGAAAUUACAUUGUGCUUAUAGACCCCAAAGUUCAGGACAGAUAGAAAGGAUGAAUAGAACCAUCAAGGAGACUUUAACUAAAUUAACGCUUGAAACUGGCACUAGAGACUGGGUACAACUCCUACCUUUAGCUUUAUACCGGGCCCGGAACACCCCAGGCCCACAGGGGCUAACCCCAUUUGAGAUUUUGUACAGUGAACCACCACCUGCUGUUAACUUUUAUGAAACUGAAACUUAUGCCUCCCUCACCCCAUCUAUGCAGACUCAUUUGCGUGCCUUGCAGUUGGUCCAGAACGAGGUUUGGAAGCCUCUAGCUGCAGCAUACAAGGAGGAACUCAAAACCCCCUCGCUGCCACAUCCCUUCAAAGUCGGAGACACCGUCUGGGUACGCAGGCACCAGAGCAAGAACCUCGAACCACGGUGGAAAGGACCUUACACCAUCCUGCUGACCACUCCCACUGCAAUCAAAGUGGACGGCAUCACCGCUUGGAUCCACGCUUCCCACGUGAAAGCUGCACAUCCGCAGGAGCCCACAGAUGCCUCUCUGGAUCCAGAAUGGAAGCUGCAACGCACCCAAAACCCGCUAAAGAUAAGACUUACACGCUGUUAAUCACUCUUGCUCUCUACGCUACUCCCCUCGUCCUAGGUAGUAAUCCCCAUACCCCCAUAAAGUUGACUUGGCAGGUGUAUUCCGAAACCGGGAAAAUAAUUUGGUCUAUUACAGCAGCCCACAUCCCUGGCACAUGGUGGCCUACUUUGACCCCAGACUUUUGCCAA